UGAGGACUGGGUAUGAUGCUCUGCACGAAACCGAGGUUGGAUUCUCAACGAUGGCGACAGCUGAGACGCGAAAUGAGGAUCAAGUCUCAGAGGAAAUACCAGCAAAUGAUGAAGCCCCCAUACCAGUGAACACAGCAAAAUCAACAGGAGAUGUGGAUGCUGAGACAAAGGAGAAGAGCUCCCCCAGCGACCUUCCUUUAAAUAUGCCAAUGUCAGAAGAGACAAGUAUGCCGACCCCUCUUCAGGAAGAACAAUCCAACAUUAAGGGGGACACAGAGGCAGAAAGACAGGGUGAAAUCCUAGCUUUUUAUGGUGAGGAAGAAACGCGUAAUUAUGACAGUCCAGAGCCAGGCCCUGUGAUAGAAAAGGAUGACGCCGCCACUAAGGAGACAGCAGGAUCUGAGCAGGUUGAGAAAGAGCCUCCUAAAGAAGAGGUCCCAGAAGAUGAACCUCUCGCUGAGAACAUGGCAAAGUGUGAAUUCUGCCACUACGUUGGAAUAAGGGAAUCCUUUUUCUCAAAGUCCAAACGCUUUUGUAAAAUGGAGUGUGCGAAAAGAUACUCAUCAGCAUCCAAUAUUAAACAGAAGUCAAAGGGAGACAAGAUUGGGACACCAAAAAAGAAACACAGAACUUCAGACAGACAUCAUAAAGUUUCUUUAAAACUCGACCUUCUUUCUAACAUAGUAACUGUUUUGUCCGAUACAGCCAAGUGUGAAUUCUGCUGCUACAUUGGGGUAAGAGAACACUUUUUCUCAAAGUCCAAACGCUUCUGUAAAAUGGAGUGUGCAAAAAGGUACUCUGCAUCGAAUAUUAAAAAGAAAUCUAAAGGAGAAAAGAUCGGAACUCCAAAAAAGAAACACAGAACUUCAGAACGGCAUGCUCACAAUACUAAUGCUUUGGCUUCUGCUUCGGCAACAACAUCUUCAGCUACUACUGCGGCAACGGCUUCUAGUGUUCAAGAAACAGUUCAAGAUGGACAUGAGGAGGAGGCUGAAGGAGCUAAUGCAAGUGCACCCCCCUUGUCAAGAGAAGACGUUGGUGAAAACUGGCAGAAUCGCAGCUUUGACUGGUCAGAGUACCUCAAGAAAACAGGAGCUAAAGCUGCUGCAAAUCAUCUAUUUGAACAUGUCAGUCUAAGCCCAUGUUUGAAGGGCGUACAUGUUGGCAUGAAGGUUGAAGUUGUGAACUGCAGUAUGGAUGUCAUCGAUGAUACUGACGUGGCAUUUUGGGUGGCGACAGUGAUUGAGAUCAAACACUACAGAGUUCAGUUACGAUAUGAAGGUUAUGAAUCCAACCCUGCUGGUGACUUCUGGUUUGACUUGAGAUCAAAGAAUAUUCACCCGGUUGGUUGGUGUGCCAAGAGGAAUAAACUGCUUAUACCACCUCCAGCUAUCAGAGAGAACUGUGCCAAUUGGAGAGAUUACCUGUUCAAAUGUCUCUCAGGAGCAAAGACCUUCUCGGUCGAGUUUCUUCAGCAACUACAAAGCCAGCCUUACAACCGAUUUCAAAAGGGCAUGAAAGUAGAAGUGGCUGAUCGUAAGAACAUGUACUCCAUGUGUGUGGCCACCAUAGUCGAUGUGAUCGGUGACCGUCUUCGCAUGCGAUAUGAUGGUCUUGAUGAUGAUGUCGCUGAGGACUUCUGGUGCCACUACCAGUCGUCGGAGAUUCAUCCAAUCGGAUGGUCGUCCCUGGUGGGACACACUUUGCAGCCACCCAUUGGUUGGAAACACAGUCUCAGUAAGUGGAACGAAUUCUUGGCAGAUGAUCUGGCGAACUCUUUAGAUGCACCUCAAGAGUUCUUCGUGCAGGAUUCAACAGGAACAGCUCCAGGUGUUCAUCAGUUCAAAGUGGGCAUGAAAUUUGAAGCUAUCGACCCGUUUAACCCGAGCCAUGUGUGUGUGGUGACUGUCAUCAAAGUUCUGAAGUUUAAUUACUUUGUCCUUGGAGUUGAUUCCCUGGCGACGUACUUUGUGUGCCAUGCCAACUCAAUCAACGUGUUCCCCUGCGGAUGGGCCAAGGCUCAUGAUCUUCAGUUGCACCCACCUAGAGACUACAGUGUGGAGACAUUCAGCUGGCCUGAAUAUCUUGCUAAGACGGGUGGUUUCGAGGCUCCUAUUCAGCUCUUCAGACAGGAACAAAGAGGCGAGAACAACUUCAAAGUGGGCACUAAAUUAGAAGCAGUUGAUCUGCGUGAACCGGCUCUCAUCUGCCCAGCGACAGUGACAGACCUGAAGGGACCCCUGCUAAGAAUCCACUUUGACGGGUGGGACGAGUCCUACGAUCAGCUUGUCGAUAAGGAUUCUUUAGACAUCUUCCCUGUUGGUUACUGCUCGUCAGUGGCUCAUCCAUUGCAGCCCCCGGGACCGAUGCCUGAUAGAUAUGUGGAACGGUACGGCCCAGUUACUGACGUCAGCCGCCCAUCAGUGCCUAGACCCCUGAGUCGGCCCGUCAAGAGACGAGCGUCCACAGAGGAUGACGGACAGAAGAAAAAAGCGAAAUCUCUGUAUCCGCAAGAGAUCGUGUAUUUAAACAAGCGCUGUUACCCAGGACCUCUUCUCAGUCGUGACUUGAUGCGCAGUCUCCCUGAUGCCGUGCGAGGCUCUGUGGUUGGGCCGGAGAAGCACAACAUCAUGCGACUGUGUAUGCAGCACUUGGUGUCCGCCUCCAUCAACCCUAAACAAGUGCUGGAGCUGUUUAGCCGCGAGUUUUACCAGAGCAAGAAGAACAGGGAGUUACAGCUUGGCGGCACAGUGUGCAUUGAGACCAAGAGCAAGAACGGCAAGCGGCUCAUGCGGCGUGUGCGCGUAGUGAACAAAGCAGAACACCUUCAGCCGUAUCUACAGCGCGUCUGUCAAGUGCUGGGAUGCUGUUCAGAGCUUGUCAGCGCUACUCGCUAUCCUAUGGGACACUGUAAUCAGACCAGCUGUGUUAAAGGAAAAGAUAAUGGCGUGACAUCCUCAAGCGACGGUCGUCCCCUGCAAGAAACGACCGCUAUUGUUCCCCCACCCCCGUCCGUCGCCGGUUACCCUCCUCCCGGUCAAAAGCUUCAUCACAACGACUCGGCUGCUGUCUGGCUACAGCCGACGGAGAGAGACUCGUCACACGAUUCGAUGGUGUCUUCGACGAGUAAUCUUCCUUCGUCCGCGGCUCAGGAAUCUGACGCUGCCUCCGUUCUGUUGUACCAGAGCUCAAACAGCGGUAAGGAUCCUCGCCUGUGGAAUGUGCAGGAGGUGACGGGCUUCAUGUAUUCUAUCGGCUGCUCGAAUUACGCGGAUGCCUUUAUUAAAGAGGAGAUCGACGGCCGCGCCCUUCUACUCUUGACGCAAGAAAUGUUGGAAUCGUUAACAGAGAACAAACUGGGACCCAUGACGAAAAUCCAGAGCGCAGUCAAGGCCCUUAAACAGGCAUGGGGCAUAUGAACAUUGGAAUGCAAAUUAUAUAUCAGAAACGCCACAGUUUUAUUUGGAAUCUACAGAUGCGGUGAUUUUGCUGAAUGUACAAGAUUUUUGUAGUUAUAUUUUAAUUUCUUUCCGUUAACCCUUCGAGCCCCCAUAUCAGCGUAUAAAUUUUCCCUAACCUUAGCAGCUAUUGGGAGAAUUUGAGGAUUUAUCAAGGCAGUUUCUUCUAGUGGUCAGACAUCAGUAUCACUGAGUUUGUGGUGAUUUCUUGAGGACAAAACCAAUGCUGACUUGUUUGUUCGGGCUUAAAGGGUUGACUUGUAGUAUGUCUAGGCUUAUUAUAACAUUAAUUCCAUAGUGGGAGGGAAUGUGGGUCAUGCAAAAUAGCACAUUAGAAGUCAUUGAAAGUCAUUUAAGGGGUUGCUGUCAUCGAUGUUUUAAAAUAAAAAUGAUUUCAAGAAGAU